AGGUUCGACUGCUUAGCAAUAGUGGUCAAAGUUCAAAAAAUCAAUGUAGGGUGUUUUUAUUGGAAAUUUACCACUUAUCAAACGUGAUGCCAUUAUGUGAGCGUUCUUGUCGACAAAUUAUGCGGAACACGCACCUGUAGGGUGGCAAACUGUGCAAUGACAUUUGGAAAGUGGAAGAAGAGUAGCAGGCAGCGUUCUGCCUACAAAUGCUAACAGGGUUGAUUCAAAGCUGACAGAGCUGUGAAUAUCUGCCUACACAUCCUACAUAAACUCUGCAGAAACUGUAGAAUGUAACACGGACGUGCAGUAUUUGAGAAUGUGAUGUUUCUGUGAUAAGAUACGGUAGUCGUUCAUGGCGGACAACCAAGCCGAACUAAAGACUCCUUGUCUUCUGGAGAAACCGAAGCCCGCCGAGAGCGCUCAUCUCGUGACAAGGCGAAUACUUCGGUCUAGUCACAAGGCGAACAGGACCCGGAGAAACAACAGACAGAAUGCAGAACUCAAAAUGUUGAAAGAACUGAGACUUUUGAACGUAGUGAAGGCAGGGGGAUCAGAAGAAGACAAGAAUUAUUUUGGUCAAAUGCAAAGAAAUGCCUCAUCAAUCCCAGGCCGUGGCAAUACACUGCCCGAUAUCAAGAGUUCAGAAAUAUUCGUACACGCUCGGAGUAUGGAGUUGCACUCCGCUGAAAAAAGUGGAGAAAGCAUAGAGGACGGGAAAACUAACAUCGUUAUAAAAGUACCAGAAUUGAUCAUGGAUGACGAAGAAGGCGAUGACGAUGGUGGCUUUCAGCGAAGCACAUCACGGACAGACGCGAGCAAUAAGAAACGGACGGUGCCGACUUGUGACGCGGUACAAGUUGUCGGCGGCCACGUGUCAAAUCUAAGUUCAGAAGAAGAUGCCACUCGAAACACGGUCACUUCAUCCCAAUUUGUGGCAAGAAUUAAGAAACAGUCACACUUCCCUACGCUUCCAAUACGCACGUCUCAACCAGAAGGAAUUUUUGUCCGCGGCAACGGUGAAUCAAACUCACAAGGGGGAGGCCUACGCACCCCUCGUUACUUAGUCUCCCCAAAUAAACAAACUACCCCUUAUGAUACUUUUCUUGGAGUGAAAACUUUGUCAUCAAGAUGGCUUAACGAACUUUCAGAAAUUUCACCUAGCACGAAAAGUGAAAGUGAAGAUAGUAAGGCUCGCAUUGUGCGACUUGCCGUUCCGAGGACUGCUAACCCCAUCGCUCGCGCUUUGCGUCUCGAGUCCAGCAGAAAUGGCGUUGCUGGGGACGCUGACUUCAGUGACAGCAGUGGUAGUACCACUAUCUCCCCAAAAUGUAAAAGUGCAAGGCGCAGUCAGGAAGUGGAAUCACGGAAUUCAUACGGCAGAGGAAUAGAGAGCAACAGGGGUACGGCAUCUGCGACACUAUUUAAGAGACGCCAGGGAUCUGCCGCUUGGCCGUGCAACACCGCCUCAGAGGAUGACGAGUCUGGGAAUGCGUCCGUGUCUGAAAUUUCUCUAGAGUCAGAGUGGCCGAAUUUUGAAAACGCUGUCGAAAAGGUUGUUGUGCCUGUGAGUUCAGAUAUGCCCCACCAGAUGUACAAAAACAUCGGGUUGCCGUAUAAACAUUCAUUUACAGCACCAGUGAAGAAAGAAAGCAGCAAAACUGUGACAAGAAGCAGUCCAGACCACGGCAAAUGUGUGACAUUUGAAGAAGAGCCGAAGAUUUAUAACAUAGAAUUCCCGCGUUCUGUCGAUGAUCAUAGGGAACUUUUAAUAGACAUUCGUGGAGACAAGUUGCCUGCAUUGAACAAUGGAAACUCCCAAAUAUCAAAUAAACAGGAGAAGGUAAUAUUGCAAGACAAACAGAAAAUUGGAGAUGGUAAAAAUUCAGAAAUCGAAAAGUCCGUUGCCUCUAAGCCUAAUAUUUCUGACGAUCCCGUGAAACGGCGGGUGUGCAGCACUGAAGAAAUGGACGUGAACGCCCAGGGAGCGUCGUCUUAUUCCGUGCUUGAUAAAAGAUACACAAACCACGCACGACAGAAAAGAUCUAGGACAUUAACGGCGUCUUCGCCGUCAAAUGUGAUGUUCAAACAAAAAGACUACAUCGGUUUUCAGCACAAGAAAUUCAUCAGAAAGAAUAACAUUCCAAUGAACACUGGAACAUCUGCUUUUCCCUCUGGGUACAUUGAUACAAAUAAAAAGAUUCCAUAUCUUAAAGUUAAAAUUCGUGAAGAUGAAUAGUUUUGACAUGUUUAAGUGCUACUAUUAUUACUAUUUAUAUAUUUGGUUAUUCACAUUUUUUGCUUUAAAUAAAUAAAACU